CACAGGACUAUGAUAGGACCAAUCCAUUCUUAUACACAGGAUUAUAAUAGUACCAAUCCAUUCUUAUACAGAGGACUAUAAUAGGACCAAUCCGUUCUUAUACACUGAUGCAGGACUAUAAUAGGAAAAAACCAUUCUUUUACACAAAUACAGGACUAUAAUGGGACUAAACCAUUCUUAUACACUGAUACAGGACUAUAAUAGGACUUAUUCAUUCUUAUGGACUGAUACAGGACUAUAAUAGGACUAAACCAUUCUUAUACACUAAUACAGGACUAUAAUAGGACUAAUGAAUUCUUAUACGCUAAUACAAGACUAGUUUAGGACCAAUCCAUUUGUAUACACAGAUACAGAUAUGUAAUAGGACCAAUCCAUUCUUAUACACAGGACUUUAAUAGGACUAAUCCAUUCUUAUACACAGAACUAUAAUAGGACCAAUCCGUUCUAAUACACAACUACAGGACUAUUAUAUCUGUUAUAUUAUAGGACGAACUCCUGAUGAUGCCAAAGUUAUUGAGAAGAAAAUUAUAUGAUUCUAGAACUAGAGAGUAGAGAAACUGAAGGAACUGAAGCGUAGUAAUUGCCGUGAACUAAUGGAGAUAGAUAGAUAGAGAAAAAGACAACAAUGGCGAAUGAUGCAUUUGAGCGAGCAGGGAUGUAUUUUGAUGAUUUGAACAGGAUCAGAGUUCUAGAUGAUGAAACAUCAUCUCAGGCUGCAGAAUUAAAGGAUUGCUGUCAAGAGUUCCUGGGAGAUAUUGAAGAUUUUCAGAAGAUUGCUGACAGCUUUAUAUCUAUCUUUGAUACUGUUUCACAGGAAGUAGAAAGAGAGAAGAUUAAAUCUAUUGGAGGAAGAAAUCUUUUAAAAUCCUACGCUAAGCAACGAGAAGCUCAGCAGGAACAGUUGAGGGCUUUAAUUGUUGAAAAGAAGAGUGAACUGGAUCGAUUAACAGCUCAAUAUACUGCUCUUAGUAAAUUAGAAGCUGAGCAACAAGAUUUCAUGGAUCAAUUCAUUCUCCAGAAAUAGACAAUCAAAAUAAAGAAAAAAGUGAGAACGGAUAAGUGAAAAAAAAAAAAAAAUAUGUCAUUUUUGUUAUAAAUUUUUU